GGGCCUGGAAUUGGGCUUGGGGCGGGUUACACCGCCAAAGCCGUCUCCUCCAGCAGGCAGGCGAGGGCUCUCCUCCACCCUGAGCUCGCGUUUCCUGAGGCUCCGGGCAGUGCUCUGCGCUGGCCUGCUGGCCUGCUGCCCUGCUGGUGGGCGACCAGAGGUGGGCAUCACGGGAAGAGCCCUCCACGAAGGGGCGGCCUCUGAGGAUCAGGCCAGCAGCUGCAGGUGGGUUGUGCACGCUGGUGAGCUGUGAGGGGAGCCGUAAGGAAUCUGGACUCACCAGACCUGGGGAUGGCUGGAAACUGCUCCUGGGAGGCCCAUCCCACCAACAGGAACAAGAUGUGUCCGGGAGUGAGCGAGGCCCCGGAGCUCUACAGCCGCGGCUUCCUGACCAUCGAGCAGAUCACCAUGCUGCCGCCGCCAGCCGUCAUGAACUACAUCUUCCUGCUUCUCUGUCUGUGCGGCCUGGUGGGCAACGGGCUGGUCCUCUGGUUUUUCGGCUUCUCCAUCAAGAGGAGCCCCUUCUCCACCUACUUUCUGCACUUGGCCGGCGCGGACGUCGGCUACCUCUUUAGCAAGGCCGUGUUCUCCAUCCUGAACACGGGGGGCUUCCUGGGCUCGUUUGCCGACUACGUCCGCGCGGUGUCCCGGAUCCUGGGGCUCUGCAUGUUCGUCACCAGCGUGAGCCUCCUGCCAGCCAUCAGCUCAGAGCGCUGCCUGUCGGUCGUCUUUCCCUCUUGGUUCUGGCGCCGUCGGCCCAAGCGCCUGUCGGCCGUGGUGUGCUCCGUGCUCUGGACCCUGUCGCUGCUGGUCACCAGCAUACACAACUACUUCUGCAUGUUCCUGGGCCGCCAGGCGCCCGGGACGGGCUGCAGGCACAUGGACGCCUUCCUGGGCAUCCUGUUCUUCCUGGUCUUCUGUCCGCUCAUGGUGCUGCCCUGCCUGGCGCUCAUCCUGCACGUGGAAUGCCGGGCCCGGCGGCGCCAGCGCUCGGCCAAGCUCAACCACGUCAUCCUGGCCAUGGUCUCGGUUUUCCUCGUGUCCUCCAUCUACUUGGGGAUCGACUGGUUCCUCUUCUGGGUCUUCCAGAUCCCGGCCCCCUUCCCCGAGUACGUCAUCGACCUGUGUAUCUGCAUCAACAGCAGCGCCAAGCCUGUCGUCUACUUCCUGGCCGGCAGGGACAAGUCACAGCGGCUGUGGGAGCCCCUCAGGGUGGUCUUCCAGCGGGCCCUGCGAGACGGGGCCGAGCCGGGGGAGGCGGGAGGCAGCACACCCAACACGGUCACCAUGGAGAUGCAGUGCUCCUCGGGGAAUGCCUCGUGAGAGGCCAGCACCUGGAGGGGAGGCGGGGGCCGGCGGGAGUGGCCUCCAGAGACCCUUCGCGGAGGGACAGGAUCUGGGCAGCAGCCCUGGGGCCCGAGCGCAAGGAGAAAACUCUGCUCCCCGCCCGCGUGCCGCCGUCUGCCGCGGCCGAGGCUCUGGGCGUGGCCGGCAGACAGAAGAGCCGCUUCCAAACAGACCCCGUGGCCUCACCAGGCCCCCCCCAGCUAUCCUCCUUCCAUGACCCCCUGUGCAGAAGUUGCCCCCGGGCGGCGGGCCGGGUGUGGGGCUCCUCUCCGCCCCAGGAUGGCCAGGAAAGGAGAGGAGGGGUCACGCAGCCCAUCCACCUCCUGCCCCAUCAGCCAGCCCAUCGCCCGUCGGGCCAGCAGCUUUGUCCUGCUGUUGGGACACCUGCUCUCUCCUUUCUGCCCCGUCAGGGCAACACUGUGAGCAGACCUCCAGGAAAGGGUGCCACCUGGGAGACGCUUCUCCUUAACCCGCCUGGGGGCCCAGUCUUUCUGCACAUGACGUCCCCCUUGGUGGCCGAAAUGGGGGAGCCUCUGGCACGGCGAGAGCCUGGACGCAGGAAAGGCCGCGUCGGCUGGCUUGAGUGGCUCACUCUCGUCUCUGACUCCACGCCAGCCGCCCGGUCUGAGGGGCUCCGGAAGGCCGUCCAGGCAGUCUCUGGGCCGUAGCCCCACCCAGAAGUGGGCACUGGCUCUAGCUGGCCACCUACAAGCACGGUGGCCCAGUUUGAUGAAAGAUAAUACAUGUAUAUCAAUAAACGUUUUCUAUCUUGCAACGAG